AACAGCAGCAAACAAGGGUGCCGUAAAAGGCGGUCUGAGCAUCCCGCUCGGCCGGACACAUCACUCUGAUCUCUUCCAAAUGAAGCGCGCAAAACCCAAGUCCCAUUCCAAAACUUCAAAUCAUUCUCACAAUUCUUCUCCUUCUUUGAAAUCGUUCAUAGAACCCCCUCCUGAUUUCUUUCCCUCGAAGCACGAGUUCCUCAGGCUCAUCGUCGUCCUUGCAUUCGCAUCAGCAGUUGCUUGGACAUGCAAUCUCUUCUUGACAUCUUUUAUUAAUCCCUCCACCAAGCCCUUUUGCGAUAGCAACGUAGACUUUCCGGAUUCAUUUUCCGAUGAUUGUGAACCUUGUCCAAGUAAUGGAGCAUGUUACGAUGGCAAAUUGGAAUGUCUCCAGGGCUACCGAAAGCAUGGGAAGUUGUGUGUAGAAGAUGGAGAUAUUAAUAAAUCAGCUAAAAAAAUUUCGGACAGAGUAAAAUGUAGCCUAUGUGAAGAUUAUGCUCAGUAUUUGUGCUAUGGAGUCGGAUCAGUUUGGGUUCAAGAGGAUGAAAUAUGGAAAACUUUUUGA